CUAGCAGUAGCAAUCCCAACUUUCCAAAUCACAGCAGCAUCAUUUGUCACCUGGCCUAAUGGAGCUACGCUUUACUCUCCUGCUUCUGGUUUUCUUCUUCUGCAUAGCUCAGGUCUCAUCAGAAACCAAGAUUGAAGAGCAACAAGUUCCCCAGGUGGUGAAAGGACCCAACAGAAGGCUUUUGCCAUUCGUUGAUUGUGGAGGGUUGUGCAAGGUGAGGUGCAGCUUGCACUCAAGGCAAAACGUGUGCGCAAGGGCGUGUGGAACCUGCUGCGCCAGGUGCAAAUGUGUUCCUCCAGGCACCUCGGGGAACAGAGAAAUGUGUGGGAGAUGCUAUACUGACAUGAGAACUCAUGGCAACAAGCCCAAGUGCCCUUAAUGUGCUCCAUCUAUCAGCUUCUCUGUCUGCUAAACAAAGUACAUGUCUCCCUUCCCAAGUUAAGCUUGCACUUGAGCGCUAGAAUUAAUGUAUGUAAUUUCCCUGUCUGUGGAUGUUGAUGUUCUGUUUGUUGGAUAAGAGUUGAGUCCUUGGACCUUUCUAGUUCCAUGUUAUUGCAGCUAUAAUCUGGUACUACGUGCUAAUUCAAAGCGAUCUCUCUGA